AUGUCUCCCGGUUCAACGAGCGAAGAGCAGCCACCGGCGCACGUCACCAUCGAGGCCGACGCCGAACCUCAUCACGCCAGCGGCAGCCUGACAAACGCCAACGGCUGGGACGGCAAGCUGCGCAUGCCAAAGUCGGCCAUCUUGACCAACCCCGAAGCCGUGUCCGACCCGGAAUACUCGGACGACGAGAACGUACUGCCUGGCGAAGAAAUCGCCGCCGAUGAAGAUUUGCUAGCCAAUGAAGACCCCGACACCGAGUCGAUCAACGUUAUCCAUUCGCGCGUUAGCUCCAUGGAGCGCUUGCGCCUCGAGCGCUUCCAAAAGGUCGCGUCCAUCUGCCUCCGACAGAACAACAUCCAGCAGAUCGAGGGCCUCGACACGCUCGGCGACACGCUCGAGGACCUCGACCUCUACGACAACCUGAUAGCGCACAUUCGCGGCAUCGACAAGCUGACCAAGCUGACCAACCUCGACCUCAGCUUCAACAAGAUCAAGCACAUCAAGCACGUCAACCACCUCAAGGACCUCAAGACGCUGUACUUUGUCGCCAACAAGAUCAAGGAGAUUGAGAACCUCGACGGCCUCGACAAGGUGACGUCGCUCGAGCUCGGCUCCAACCGCAUCCGCGAGAUCAAGAACCUCGACACCAUGAAGAGCAUCGAGCAGCUGUGGCUCGCCAAGAACAAAAUCACCGAGCUCAAGAACCUCGGCGGCCUGACGCACCUGCGCCUCCUCAGCAUCCAGUCGAACCGCAUCCAGGACCUGCGCCCGCUGCGCGAGGUGCCGCAGCUCGAGGAGCUGUACAUUUCGCACAAUAUGCUCGCCUCGCUCGAGGGGCUCGAGGCCAACGUGAACCUCUCGACGAUUGACAUUUCGCACAACAAGAUUGACAGCCUCAAGGGCCUCGGCCCGCUGACCAAGCUCGAGGAGGUCUGGGCCAGCUACAACCUCCUCAUGGACUUUGCCGACGUCGAGCGCGAGCUCAGAGACAAGGAGGCGCUGACGACGGUGUACUUUGAGGGCAACCCGCUGCAGCUCCGCGCGCCCGCGCUGUACAGGAACAAGGUCCGCCUGGCGCUGCCGCAGCUCAAGCAGAUUGAUGCGACAUUCCUCAGAGCAUAA